UAAAGUUGAAACUGAUAUUAAGGUAGUCAUUUUUACAGAGAAACAUUUUUUCUUCACAGAAAAUAAAUAAAAAUGUCUUCCAAACUAAAAGAUGCACUGGAACACACAAAAGCAGCUGAGAAAGCUUUAAAAACUGGAUUUUUAAAAUGGAAUCCUGACUACGAUAUUGCUGCUAGUGAAUACACGAAAGCUGCAACAAAUUAUAAACUUGCUGGUUCACCAGAAAAAGCUAAAGACGCGUAUAUAAAAGCUUCAGACAUGCAACGAAAACUUGGAUCUUUAUUUCACAGUGCCAAGUUGCUCACACAGGCAGCUGGCAUCGCUGCAGAUUUGAAAGAAGCAGAAGAAGUGGUAGACCUAAUGGAAAGAGCAUGUUCUUUAUAUCGAGAACACGGUGCACCAGAUACUGCAGCCAUGACAUUAUCAAAAGCUGGAAAGAUGUGUGAAAUGUCACUACCGGAUAAAUCAAUAGAUUUGUAUCUCAAGGCUGCCGAUCUAUGCGAAAAUGACGACAAAGUACGAGAAGCAUGUGAUUAUUUGAAUCAAGCUGUUCGCAUGCAACUAAAACAAAAAAGAGGUAUAAAAUCAGCAGAGACAAUGAAAAAAAGAAUAGUGUUACUCAAACAAGUUGGAAAUGUUAAUAUGGCGUAUAAUGUGACAUUAGGCAUGGUUAUUACCUACCUAUCAGAAGGCGAUUACGUAUCUGCUAAUGAUUCUUACAAUGAAGGAUUCAGCCUGAGUGGUUUUGGCGAAAGUGACCAGGCUAUGUAUUGUGAACAUUUCUUGAAAGCAUUUGAAGAAGGAGAUGAAGAUUUACUUUCAAAAACAAGAUCACAACCAACCGUCUUGCAUUUGGAUACUGAGCUCGCAAGACUGGCGAAGUUGUUAAGAUUAAGUGAAGUAGCCGUCCCAAGUAAACCAACGUCUGGUUUGAGUGAGCUAGAAGAAUUUGAACAAAAUGAACUGAAUGAAGAUGCUGCACCAGAAACUGUCGUUGAUGAUUUUGAAGGAGGGUUGUGUUAACAAAUUUCAAUGAAAUUAUAGAGAGAAAAGAUUUGUUAAAAAAUUUUGUUAAACUGUAAACGCAAAAACAAACCAAGGUUAAUUUCCAAAAUAUUAAUUCACUCUCACACUGUUUAACUCUCAAAUUUUCAAUGCUAGCCAAAAUACAAUUUGUCUAGUAAUGUUUUUUAUAUUUAUAUGUAUAUAUAUAUAAUGAUAUGGAAUAGAUAAAUGCAACAUUUGAUCAAUUAUCA